AUGAUUGUCGGCUCCCUACUGCAAUCCACUGCCUACACGCGGGCGCACAUCAUCGUUGCUAGGAUUGUCUCCGGAUGCGGCAUGGGGUUUAUCAACUCGACGGUACCGGUAUUUCAGUCAGAGUUCUCCCCGAAGGCCAGCAGAGGCUUGUAUGUCUGCAUGCAGCUUUCGACGCUGAACUUCGGUACCGAUCUUGUGUAUUGGAUCGACUACGCUUUCUCCACGCAUACCUCGAGCUACGCUUGGCGGAUCCCCGUCAUCUUGCAAUGCGUCUUCCUAUUUCCGAUGCUUUUAAUCAUCUUUGUCUUGCCAGAGAGUCCACGAUGGCUCGCCGCUCACAACCGGUCUGAUGAAUCACUAUCGGUUCUUCGGCGCUUAAAGGGCCAUACUUUGGACGACGAGGCCAUCGUGAGGCUGCACAGCGACAUUGUCAGAGCGGUUGAAGAAGAAGCAGCAAUGAACGCUGGAUCGUGGAGAACGAUACUAAGUGCUGACAAGAUCCAUAGUAGGAGGAGGCUUCUCAUCUCCAGCGCCAUCCAAGCCUUUCAACAACUAGGUGGCAUUAACGCGAUCAUCUAUUACUCAAGCACGCUCUUCAAGAACGUCGGCUUCAGCAACCACCUCUCAGCCCUCAUGUCCGGAUUCUUGCAGCUCUGGUUCUUCGUCGCAAGUUUUAUCCCAUGGCUACUUAUCGACCGCAUCGGCAGACGGCCGCUACUCCUUUCCAUGAUCACCGUCAUGGCUCUGGUAAUGGCCGCCCAAGCCGCGCUGGUCUACCAGGUCCAGUUCAAGACCUCCGUAGCCUACGCUGCUGGAAUCGCCGGCGCAGUCAUGCUGUUCCUUUUCGAAGGCGCCUUCACGAUCGGCUUCCAAGCCACCGUCUGGGUCUAUCCAUCUGAGAUCCUGCCGUUGCGACUUAGGCAGAAGGGAUCGAGUAUAUCGACUGCGGCAAAUUGGAUAUGCAAUUUCCUCAUUGUGCAAAUCACACCGCCGGCUAUUGAAAAUGUGGGAUGGAGGACUUAUGUCAUCUUCGCUGUGUUAAAUGCAACAUGGGUGCCAAUUAUAUAUCUGUUCUUUCCCGAAAGUAAAGGCCGAGAGCUAGAGGACUUUGACCGUAUGUUUGCAGGAGAGGAUGAUGCUGCUAUUACCGAAACGACGACUGGCGACAAAGAUCCGGUAUAUCUUGAAAGGAACGAGCCGGUGGCAGUCAAGGGUGCUGCAGCUCAUGAAGAGGAAGGCUUGAAGAGCUUGGUAUGA